AUGGUCAUCCCCCUCGGCAUUCUUCCAAAUCGGUCAAGAACUCUUUCGGCAUCUUUCUUCGUCACUUGGUUCGUGGGUUUCAAUUCGGACGAUUGCUUCAAGUGUGAUCAUUCUGCUGGCACCGGAUUCCGGUACACUGGCGCUCAGAUUUGUUAUGCUCAUCGUUGUCGCUUCGUCCUCGUGGAAUCCAUAUCGAUUGUCAAAGGAGAUGUAUUCGAGCGUCUUUUUGAAAACUAUGGAUUGAAUGCGCGCCUCGACGUGAUCAGAUAUGCUGAUCUUCUUCGCAUAGCGAAUGUGGAAAUUAUUCAAAAAGAGGAGCCAGUGGCGUCGCGACGUCUGUUGAUCAGAAUUGCAAUUUGUUGCAUUAAGCGCUGGGCAGAAUAUGAUUCCGAGCAUAGUAGUUUUGAAAGCACUAGUACUUCACAAGAAAUAUGUGAUAACGAUGGAAUAGGGCUUGAAGAAAGAAAACACAAGGUGAAUUAUUUCAUCAGUCACCUGCUGCCAGUUUUAUCAGAAACGAUCACACUUUCUGAUGAUAACUUGGAAAAUCUUUUAGACAUUCCAUUGAGCAUUCUGGAUGUUGUCACUGUCAAAUUGAAUAUGCGUGUGAAUUCUGUUAUCAUUGAUAUUCGAAGUGGGCAGUCACAAGAAGAUAAAGAACUUGAAGAGAAUUUUCGAAAUAAUAUUCGUUUGGCUUUGACAAUUUUCCAGUGUAUUUUAGUUUUCAAACAAGGAGAUCUCCUUACAGAUAAUCUGAUUCGAGGGGCAAAUGUAUUACAAAAGUUUUUGAAAGCUAUCUCAAAUCUGAAUGAAAAAGACAAACAACUAUUUUUGGACUUUCAAGAGCUUGCUCACAGAAUUAUCAUGAUUUUAAGGUCAAACGACGUUGAAUCGAAAGAUGAUGUGGUGCCUUCUUUCAUUGAUGAAAGUGAGAAAUCAAGAAAUUCUCGAAGAACUGAAGUUUAUUCACUAGAAGAAAUUAAAUCGGACCUUUUGGACAAGUCGGAACCUAUUCGUGGUCAUGCAUUAAUUAUGUUAGCGAAGGGUAUUCGUGAAAGGAACAAACGACUUUUGGAGGACAUUUUUGCCUAUCCUAAAAUUAUGUCUACAGUCAUGGAACAUGUUGCUGAUAGCGAUUCUUACGUUUACUUAUCAGCAAUAAAUGCCAUGGUAGAAUUGGCGUACUGGAAACAGCAAUUUUUUGAUGAAAUGGUUGAAUUUUUCUUGGAUCCAGUUGAGAAACUGCAAAGUCUUCUUAAACGUGAUGGUAAUAUUCCAUUUAACUUCAUUUAUGUUGUUAUUGACAGUUUGAAAGAAGAUGAAAAGGAAACCUAUUUAAUAAUACAAAGAGUUAAAAUUGGUGAGGCUAUUUCGAAGGCAUGUAAAACUCUAGGACAGAUGGCACCUUCGUACUUCGAUCGUAUAGUGAAUCCAAUGUUAUCCUUGAUAUUUCAUACUACGGAUGAUCAGUUGCGUGCUUCUGUACUGUCAUCUUUAUCUGAUCUUAUCAUAUCCUGUCGAGGAUUGAAUAUCCAUAAACAUAUAAAUGAGAUGAUGUUGGUAGCAAAAUUAAAUUUACGUGAUGCGGAAGCGGAAAUCGUUCGGCGUGCAGCAGUCAACUUAAUGCGUUCGAUUGUAAGAACUUAUGAUAUCAGUCUUUUGCAACAGGGGUCAACGUAUCUCUAUGAUAUAGCUGAUUUAUUAAGCUAUAUACUAGAUCAAGAUGAAGAUUUGGUUGUCAAAACUCAUGCAAUGUUGUGCUUGCAAGAUAUCAAUGCACAAAUAGAAGAAGAUUUUUCAGAGUUUGAAAAAGCUUACGUUCGCAAGAUACGAUUUUAA